GGGGCGGGGAGGCGCGGGGCGACAGACGCGCGAACACUUGUGGGCCUGAGCCAGGGAAUGUCCCACGCCGCCCUGCUGCAUCGCGGUCAUGGAGAAGAGGAUAGAACUUGAGAGAAGGGGCAGAAGUCCUUCCACGAUCACAGAGCUCAACUUGGACAACUGCAAGAGCACCAGUGUUGUGGGCCUCACCGAAGAAUUUGAGAAUUUGGAAGUACUGAGCCUUAUCAAUGUUGGACUGACCACCCUGAAGGGCUUCCCAGCUCUUCCCAAUUUGCGGAAGCUGGAGCUCAGUGACAAUCGAAUCUCGGGUGGAUUGAGUGCCCUCACCUGCCUUCCCAAGCUCUCUUAUCUUAACCUCUCUGGCAAUAGAAUCAAAGACCUGGAAACUCUGGAGCCUCUGAGUCACUUGAAAUCCCUGUUCAACCUGGACCUGUUCAACUGUGAGGUACUGCAGACCGAAAACUACAGGGAGAAGAUGUUUGCCCUUGUACCUUCCCUGGUGUAUCUUGAUGGGUUUGACAAAGAAGACAACAGUGAAGGAGAAGAGGAUGGAGAAGAGGAGGAGGAUGGAGUGGAUGCUCUGGGUGAUGGUGACCGUGAGGAAGACGACGGUGUGGUGGUGGAGGGAGACCAGGAUCAGGAUGACGAUGAUGAUGAUGGGGGUGAGGAGGAGGAAGAAAUAGAUGAGGAGGAAGUGGAAGAGGAGGAGGAUGAAGAAGAGGAUGAAGAUGUGGCUCUUGAUGCCCUGUACAAGGAUUAUGAUCCUGAAGGUGAUGAUGACUAUGAAGCUGUAGAGGGUGAGGGAGAAGAGGAUGAUGAUGUUAUAGAGGAGGAGGAUGGUGAACUUCCCAGGGGACAGAAGAGGAAGCUGGAGGAUGGUGAUGACUAACUAGGGCUGACCUGUUUCUGGCCACAUGAUGGCCACUAAUAAGGGGUUGAUGGGGGGAGACUGGAGCAGCAGCACAGCCACACUGUUGGUACUUGGGCCAUGCUUUAGUAAACACUGGUCCAUUAAACACUUAGGAUGGUGUUUGCUGGGUAACAACUGCAGUGAUGAGGAAGAUCAAAGUCUGACUCUAGCUUACAGUAAUCUCAAAGUACAUACAUCUGUUAAAUUUACCUCAGUGUAUCAAAAGCUUCUCUGUUUUAACUCAUUGGACCCUUCACAGGUUGUGUCUGUUAAAAAGACAUGGAAUAUAAUUACAAAUUCAGCCCUACACAUCUCUGGGACCUGUAGCCUUACCCUCCAUCUAGCUAAUAGAGAUUUGGAGAAUAUGGAGGAUCUGCUAUGGCUGUAGUUGCCUUCCCUUGUGAAUGUUUGGGUGCAUGCUGGAGUUCUUGGCCAAACUUUUUAUAUUUUGUUACGUUGUCAAAUGGAAUACGUGAAUUAAUGAAUUAAAAAAAAAAAUCACUAGCUUGUUGAUGUGGCUGGUGUAAGGGCUACAGGACCCAAGGAGUGUCUGAGGUGAGGAGGGAGUGGUGGUAUGUGUGGAGGCCAGUAACAACCUGGUGAUGUGGUUCAACACAUCACAACUUCAGAACUGCUGUAAGUCAUUUGGCAUUUGCUUUUCUUUCUUUUGAUGUCUGUCUCAAAUCUGUUGAAGUCAUGGAAUGUUGUCUUUAAAUCUAACUUUAAUCUGUUUGUUGUUCAGUAAUUGUUCAGAUUUUUAAAAAUGUUAUCAGCAAUAAGAUUUCAUAGAUUUCAUUUUGGAUCCCAACUGGUGAAUAUGUGUGUGUACGUGUAAGCAUAAGACUCCUAGUUAAUGUUAGGGCAGAGUUGUACAGGCAGCGUAAUGGAAACUACCAUCAGUACAGCAAUUGCAUAUAUCAUGGAGCAGGAUUACCAGAAGUAAUAUUUUAUAUUAUUAUUUUAUUUAUUUGUUUAUUUUUUAUUUUUUUAUUUUUAUUUUGUUUUUGUUUUUGUUUUUAUUUUUAUUUUUGUUUUUUGUUUUUUGUUUUUAUUUUUAUUUUUUUAAUCAUGUAUACAGUAGAAAAUGUGUACCAUUAGAUUAGAUGUGUUUAUGUGUGUAUGCGUGUGUGUUUGAGUGUGUGGAUGUGGAUGUGUGCAAGGAUGCAUGUGUGUGUGUUUAUGUGUAUGUAUGGAAGUAUGUGUCUACAUCUGUCUGUGUGCAUGUGAAUACAUGUGGCUGGCCAAGCCCUCCGUCACGGCUGCUGAGGUUAGCUGGGUCUCACUGAGAGCUGGUGACCAAGCUGUACCACUGCCUUUCCUCUCCUCUGUCAUUAGAUGUGAGGACCUUAGUUUGUUCCUGAUAAGGGAAGCAAAGCACUAGCCUUAUCAGUUUUUCAUAACUUACAGUUAGCAGUUUAAUUUAAAGCAGAUAUGGAUAUUUAAAGUUUGACAGUGACAUGAAAAUGUAUUCUGAUAUUUUUAGAUUGAUUUAUUUGAUAAUCUGUGAGAUUACACUGUGGCAAUGGAAUGCUAGGUCACAGAAGACUUUGUAAAUUUGCAGUGAUAUGUGUUUGCUGCUGAAGUUAGGUAUUAUCAAGUUUUAGUAGUAGUGCAGUCUCUGAUCUCAAGGCAACAGCUCUUUCUCCUCCUCCUCCAUACAGCCCCAGCAGCCAUGACCCCCAGCUGUGUGUAACAUGCAAGUCCCCAGCAUCCCUACAUCCUAUCCCUUGAUGCUUUUCAGAGUGCAGUUUUGUGUUUGGGUUAGGAAGCAUCAUAUGCAGGAAAGGAGGGUCAUGAAAGUGGAGUUAAAAUCAACAGCUUGAAUGGAAUACCAGAACAUUGAAGAGCCUUGGUCAGUGUGCUUGAAUUAUAAAAUGCAUAAUGAGUAGCGAUAUUUAAAUAUGGUGGUGGGGGAUGCUGGGGGUAGUGUGUCCACUACAGUUAUCAAGAGUACAAAGUACAGGGCCCAGCCUCUGCUGCAGCCAGGUAACACAGCCAUCAGGCGCAGCAGUCAUGUGUAAGGUUAUCCGUCUCACUCAGAACUUGUCCCAUGUGGGCCCCCUCACCUGGGUUGCAGGAGGCCCCAUAAGAGUUAGUUACACACAGUUGCUGCAGACAGUAGUAGCCCAUGUGCCUCUUGGUGAGGUGAGGUCAUCACCACCCAUUUUAGUAAACAACCCUUUGUAUAGUUUGAGUUUGGGCUGCUCUCAGGCCUUUGGUGUAGCUGUCUGAGGUACUGCACCUGUUUUUUGUCUCUUGCUAGGCCUUAGUAAUUAUCUAUCUUCCUUAGCCACUCGCAGGCAGGUUUUGGGGCAGUUAAAUGGAAUUAUGAUGUUUAUUGGUAGUAUGUGCCUCAGAAUCACCAAAACCAGACUGUAGUAGCAGUGGGUUUAAUUAUGUUUGUGGAGUAUAUGAGCAAUUAUGACUGGCCGAGUCAAUUUUAUUGUUAUGCAAGGGUGUCUGAGUGCAAUUCCUCACCAAACACUGUAUCUAAAAGUACUUCACUGUGGCAUUGACUGGAUUUCCACUGUCCUGUAUGUAUGCUAGGGUGAAUGUGUGUGUGUGAAUGAAGUAACACUGCUGGCCUUGAUGAGCACCCCACAUCACCCUCCUCAGCCCUCACUCAUGGCUGUCUUCUUUCAGUAACUUUUUCACUUUUUUUUUAUUAUUUUUUUUUAUUAAUUUUUUUCCCUGGUUAAUUUUUCAAUGCAUUUGAGACGUGUCAGUUUUGGUAAAAUGCUAGGUGUUGAGGGCUUAUAUGUAUUUGCUAUAAAUUGUUUAGACUACUUAUGAUAAAAAGUUUAUAAUAGAGUUAUGUACAAGAGAUAAGAAAGGGCACCAGAAGCUGUCACUGGCAUGGAGAACCAAAUGCCUGCCAAAUAAGAUUACUCCAUGCAAAUGUUAAGGGGAUGAGGUGCCAUCAAGGUCACACUCAACUUCAUACUUCCAGGUCAUAGAGCAGUCACCUCCCAAGCUAGUUAGUAGGGGGGGCAUUUGGGGACUAGAAACCCCAUUGAUAUAAGAGAUCCCCCAUGUAAUGUUCAAAAUUUAGGAGAUCUGGUUUUAUUUAAAGAAUUAAGGAUUCAUCUUAUAUGUACAAAUUCACGGGAGAACUCUGUGGAUGAGCAGGGUGUGGUGUCCCUAAGUGCUUCCUCUUGGAGUAGUUGUAGUAGACUUCUAGACCCCAUGCAGAGAAAGGUGCCUUCCCUGAGGGGUGCCAACACUGCCUCCCACCCCUCACUGAUCCUGUCGGAGGCUAGCUAGCUUUUUCUUUACACUAGGCUUUGUUUUCUUCAUGGUCCAUCUUUAAGUCCAAUGUUUGUUAGAAAUUAUGUCACUACCUGAAGUAUUUUGUAUGUCAGCAGGGUAUGUAUUUUGUAGUUCACAAAACACCAAGUGAAGGCCUUAGUCAUGUCCAGGCCUGAGUGUUCCAGGAUUGUAAUGAAAGUUUCAUUGGCUCUUCCUUGGAACUCCCUCAAUGUGGUGACCUCAUAGUGAUAGUUUUGUUGUAAGUUGCUAAUUUGUUGUGCAUGUUUUCCUGAUUUUUCUUGUAGGUUUGAAAAAUUCAGGUGAUGUAACUUCAUUUCACUACUUAAAUUUUUACCUGGACAUGACUGAAGUGCUAAAUUUUUACCUGGACAUGACUGAAGAGCUGUACCUUGUGUAGUAACAAUAGCAUAAACAAUAAUCCUCAUUCCUUGACCUUUGUUGAUGUGGAAUUACCAUAUGUUUUGACUUUGGCAAUGCCUUUAGAUCAAGUAUUCAUUAGCAAUGUUUUAGGACCUCACCUAGCACAUGAUAUGAGCCUCUCAGUGCUUUUGCAUAGCAUACAAGGUUCAAAACUUCCAAAGUAUCAGUCAGUCAAUACUGCUAAUACAUAAAUGUCUGUCACCCAUUUAUUGCAUAGUAUCUUAUCACUUCCAUUUACUUCUCCAUCAUGAACUGUUGAUAGGCUAAUUCCAGCUUUUAACUAUUGCUGUUUAUGAUAGGAUACAGUGGGAACUUCUGACACAUUAGAAUAUAUCACAAAGAGAAAAAAUAUAUCUGCUUCAUGUAAGUGGCAUUGCAUCAGUGAAGGGAAAGCUGAUGAAAUGCAUAGCAACACCAUUUAUUUUUUUAUUUAUUGUUUUUAACAUGAUUGCUAAAGUGCUCUCAUUUAAUUUUAUAUUUAGUUUCUUCUAUACAUAGUAAUACAUUUGUUAGGUGUGUUCCUGAUGCCAUGUCAAACCAAAUGAUUGGUUUGAAUUUGAAUUUUGCUACUUGUAUAUUGUAAAAGAUAAUUUCAUGCACAAGCGUUCACUUGCUUUAAUGUUUAUACUGUUGUAACUCAGAUUUUUGAGGUGUAAGUGUAAACAAAAUGAGUACCUAUCUUAGAUGAUCACCUCAUUGUCUUGCCUCUGAAUCUUUGAACAUUGUUAAGAAUGUGAGUGGUAAUUUAAACAUCAGGCAUAUAGGAACAACUAAUUCCACAAAUACAUACUAUUAUUGGGAUAUAUCUAUAAGAAUAGUAGGAUAAAAAUAACUGCAUAUACUUAAAUUAAUCUUCUUUAGUUUUGUAGCAGAAUUUGGUUUAUUUCUUGGCUGUAAAGCCUGUUCAUGCAAAAAAUUUAAAUUGGGACUUGAUUUUAUACGCUGUAAUGGAAAAUACAAAAUUGGAUAUGUGAUCCGAAGUUGUUGCUCCACUUCAGCAUUGCAAAUGAAUCCUUUCCUGCUACUCUGCUGGCAUUAAAUCCCACAGUCUGUCCAUUACUUAUGUGCACUAGUAAUUUCCUGAAAACACAUGUAUUUAUUUAGACAUUAAGUUGUAAGGAAGGCAACUGAGACUAUGUGUUAUAUUUUUACUGAAAACUGUUUGUAUUAUUCUCAGUUUAUCGUAAUAGAAGUUGAUAUUUUGUGCAUAGUUCCCAACUCUUCAGAUAUUUAUUGCAAGGAGCAAGUAGCCAUUCCAUCUUUAUAUACAUAAUACUUCACAGAGAAAUAUUGCUUUGACAGAGGGGACUGUGCUAACAUUGUUCCUUGUAGAAAAAGUAGAGGCCUGUUGGUGAGGUUCUUUCUUAUACUACUGCUGCCUGUUUUUUGAGGGAAAAUUGCAAAAAAAUUUACAUUUUAUGAAGAGUUGACAUAAUCCCAGUCACCUGUGUAAGGAAACCAUAGCAGUUUGGUAGUCUUUAGGUUUUUAAGGCUUGCAUUUUUCAGCAUGUGCAGUCCAGCAUUGUUUUGUAUUGCUUAAUGUCUCUCAGCUAGACCAAGUUUUAAAUAUAUAUAUGUAUAUAUAUUUUUUUUACUUGUUUCAUGAUAGCCAGGGAAAGGAAUUCUUAUUUCUGCAUUUAGUUUGGGUCGUAUUUACUGGACACUGCAGGUAUUCCAUGAAAUUGGUUUUGGCUUUAGGAAUUUUCCUUAAUAUACAGUAGAGUUUAAUGUUUUGCAUGUGGCUCAAUAUUAGUAACCUGUAGGCCCUAAACGUCAACCUUAUUCCAGAUGCCAUUUUUAGUCAUACAUUUAGCCAUGAAAAGUAAUCCCAUAUAGCUUGAUAACCAUGUCUCACCAACAAAGAAGCAACUACAUUGAAGCAGAGGCAGGCUGUACAACACAAUAUGGGUACAUCACAUUUUUUAUUUAUUUUUUUUAUUUAUUUAUUUAUUUAUUUAUUUAUUUUUAUUUUUUUUUUGUUGUUGCAGAAACAAGUUUAACCUUCCCAUCUAUGUGAAUUGUACCAGAACCUUUCACUGCACAUAACAUCUUUAAACUUUCCCUGGCAGUGAAGGAAACAUUGUGAGAUUUCAGCAGUGCUGUUUGUCAAGUGGUGUGAUUUAUGCCUGCAGUUUCAUGUGAUUUAUCCAGAAAAUUUACAAAGUAUUUUUGUACUUUACUACACUGAUUGGAUUAAGUACAAUGCUGAUUGAUACUGUGAACUCUUUAAAUACUAAUUCUGCUGUGGGAGGUGAUCACUGAUCUGUGUUCCUGAGAGGUUGUUUUAAUAAUGUAGAAAAGUUGCAAAUACACUUUCAUUUUUUGUAC